CCCCCCCCCUCGCGGCCGCUGUUGGUCGCGCCCGGGCGGGCGGAGCGGGCAGGCGGCAGCGAGGGCGGUACCACCGCGCGGCGCGGGUGGGGGUGCGCGGCGGGCGUGGCCGGAUGCCGGCGGCGCGGCGGGCGCUGUGGCCGGGCUGCGAGCGGCGCAGGAUGAAGGUGCUGGUGGCGGCGGCGGCGCUGGGCGCGGCCCUCCUGCUCCUGCUGCCCGCGGCCUCCCGCGCCGACGAGCGCAAGAAGGGGCCCAAGGUCACCGCCAAGGUGUUCUUCGACCUGCGGAUUGGGGAGGAGGAUGUGGGCCGUGUCGUCAUUGGGCUCUUUGGCAAGACAGUGCCCAAGACAGUGGAGAACUUUGUGGCAUUGGCCACCGGAGAGAAAGGAUUUGGCUUCAAGGGCAGCAAGUUCCACCGUGUGAUCAAGGACUUCAUGAUUCAGGGAGGAGACUUCACCCGCGGUGACGGCACUGGAGGAAAAAGCAUCUAUGGGGACCGUUUCCCUGACGAGAACUUCAAGCUGAAGCAUUAUGGGCCAGGCUGGGUGAGCAUGGCCAAUGCUGGCAAGGACACCAACGGCUCCCAGUUCUUCAUCACCACCGUGAAGACGCCGUGGCUGGACGGGAAGCACGUGGUGUUUGGCAAAGUGCUGGAGGGCAUGGACGUGGUGCGGAAGGUGGAGAACACGAAGACCGACAGCCGGGACAAGCCCCUAAAGGACGUUGCCAUCGUUGACUGCGGCACCAUCGAGGUGGAGAAGCCCUUUGCCAUCGCCAAAGAGUGAGGGACCAGUGGGGGUGGCAGGGCCGGCACCGGGGACCUGCUGGGGCAUGAGGGGGCCACGGGCCUGGGGCUGCCCCACUCUUGGGGCAGGGGAGCAGCCACGGGGUCCUGCUGUGUCCCACUGCCCAGGCCCCUCUCCCAGCCAGUGGGACGGGGCACGGGCUCCUCUUCCAUCACUUUUGUAAGAAGCACAUGCUCCAAUAAAUGUGACCAAUGUGUUUUUUAAAGA